UCUCUUCUCUUCUGAAGAUGUACUAUAUCUCUUCUCUACUGAGAUUUACACUUUCCUCUCCCGUCGUUCAUCAAAGCCCCCACCACACCACUCCCCAAACUCAAAACACUUUCUCUUCCACCACCCCUCCUCCCAACCUACCAUGGCAGCUUCUGUUUUUAUUUUUUUUGGCUCAUGAUUUUGCUAAAAGCAUCCCCCAUGGUAAGUGGAUUCACUCUUUUUUUUUUUUAAAAAAACUUUUUAUUUGUUUUGUCAUUUUCUUUUAUAGAUCUAGAUCCAUUCUUUUUUUUUUUUUAAAGUUUUUUGGUCUAAAAAUUAAGGGUCUUGUGUUCUGGUGUUUUAAGUAUUUAGUGGCCAUUUUUUUUUUUUUAAAUUUUAAACUUGGGAAAAGUCGGUGCUUCUUUAUUUGUUUUGUUUUGGUCGAAAAAUUCUGGAAUUUAUUCCAGAUCUCUUAAAUUGGUCAUUUGCACUUUUGACCCUAUUUUGUGCUGAUAUAAAUUUUUGUCCAAUCUAGACAAACAAUUUAAUUUGAAGGGUAAAAAUUAGAUACCAGCUCAUUUGGUCAUUUGGGCAAAAAGUAAAGCCCAUUUGAAUGACAAACCCUGCAGUGUCUCUCUUUUAAUACAUAUCCUAUACCAGAUUGAGUUUUCUUGUUUACAUAUUGCUUUAGUUGAUUCACUCCGGCCCUUGCGGCCAAGGGUAAAUCCGAAUGUUUUCAUCACCAAAGAAGUUUUGAAGUAUGCAACCAUUGCAUCUUUCCAUAUACAAUGGUUGCAUACUUCAAAACUUCUUUGGUGAUGAAAAUCCUUCGGAUUUGCCCUUGGCCGCAAGCGCUGGAGUGAAUCAACUAAGGCAAAAUGUUCAAUCUCUGAAGAAUGAUGAAGAACGUAUUGCGUAUAUCGGAUAUCUGAUAUUGGUUGCUGAAAUGGAGGUAGCAUUUAAUAGUCUCACUGGGCGUAUUAGUCUGAUUAAUAUGAUGCCAAACUUAACUCCACAAGACUUCUACUUCCUUGUGGACGAUGCUGGAUUUUUGGUGCUGUUUAAGAGAAAUCUCAAUAGUCGUUCUAUUGAUGAUUUGCGCACUUAAGCACCUAGAAGAUGAUCAAAAUGCCGCUUCAUAAGGCGGGCCUUGAAUUUGAGACCAUUAUAGAAACUGCCUACAUCAUCAACCAGCUCACUUACUUCCUCAUAAACCCCGCGCAAAUCAUCAAUAG